AUGGCGUCCAGUUCAGAGAACCCAUUUCAAGAAGAAGAACUCAAUCCGUUUCAGAGGCUCUUCAAAAUCGAAACACAAUUCAUGGCAGCUCAGGGUUUCUUCCAGAACCAUGAAGCUCGACUUCUGAGAAGGAAUGCUGCAAACAGAAUGAGAGAAUUAUCACAGAAUGGUGGUAUUGAUUACGACCCAUACGUGGAGUUUCUUGCCAUGACUUACUUCGAUCGCUGCAUUUCAUGGUACCCAUUGCCGGACAGAAACAGACUCUACAUUGAUGCAUCGAUGAUAGAGAAAAUGGAACAUCGAAUUCUCUAUGUGCUGAAUUGGCAAUUGCAAUCAGUGACUCCAGUGUGUUUUCUUGAUUUCUUCAUCUCUUUCUUCGACAUCAGUGAUGCUGAAGAAAUAGCAGCUUUCAAACUCAGGAGUAUUGAAUACAAAUUGUUGCACAUGCAUUAUGAUGCCACAUAUACAGAGUUCAAGCCAUCCAUAAUUGCAGCUACGGCACUCAUAGCUGAAAGAGCACAGAAUGCACCCCCGGAGAACCUCUGUGAACCUUUUUUGUAUUGCCAAUUUAUUGAUACGUUAUCGCAGAAUGGUGGUAUUGAUUACAAUCCAUAUGUAGAGUUUCUCGCCAUGACUUACUUCAAUCGCUGCAUUUCAUGGUAA